CACAACAUGAAAGCGAGCUAAAAACAAGAGACGAAAAAGAAACCAAUCUUUAUUUACAAAUUGAUCUUUUAAAAAACAGGGUCAAGCACUUAGAAUCACUGUUAGGUGUCAGAACAAGAAAUUACAGAGCAGAACCAUAUCAAACUAGUCAUGCUACGACUGAUACUCAGAGAACAAUUGAUGAUUCAAUUAAUAGUGAUCGUUAA